AUGGUAGCGGGGUCCUUUGACAAACCCAAGGGCGUAUCGACUGACGAAAUCGAUAGCUUUAGUUCCGUCGCAGUGGGAGCCCGGAAAAAGUGUUUGGAAGAGUUCUCACCGGAGGUGGCAUCUGAAUCAAAUUUUGAAACAGUGUUCCGUUCACGAAUUGCGAGGCGAAUAGCAGCCAACGGCGGAGAGCGAAAAGGUGGAAAGCAGGAAUACGGAGGCAGUAAAGUAAAACUUUUAUUUCCUGGAGAACCGACCUCAGUGAAGCGUUUUCAGCAACAGAAUGCAGCAUAUAUUAUCUCAACAAAUAUUGGUGUGACCCACCUUAAUGCUGCUUUCAAUGUCAAAAUUCGAAUGCCAACUAUCAAGCUUGCCAAAGCGGCGGCGCAGCAGCUCAAAGGUGUUGUAAUCGAAUAUGAUGUGUUGUGUAGCACACUUGUAGGAAAAUGUACGAAGCAAAUGGCACCAAAUUUGCAAUGUAAGAAUUCCGUAAGCAAGGGUUUGACAUCAGAAGUGCGCUCCGGAUCGUCACUCUUUGAGCCAAAGUUUAUCAAGACUAUGCUGGUGAGUGACGUCCGUAAUUUGCUUAAGGAGUUGAAUGAGGAUUCAACCGGAAGACCAUGGGUGCUCAAAGAUCGGUUGAAAAAUACGCUACAAGGCCUACCAAAUCAGAUCUUAGAACGAUUUACAGGCUCUGAGGAAAAUCAGUCUGCAGCAAGAAAGAGAGAAGAUGAGAUUUUCUUGGAGCAGCAACUGAAGUUAGAAUUGAAGGCAAAGCAGCAGAAAGAAGAGCAGAAGAACGAGAUGGAGACUCGGAGUAUAAUUGGUUCUGAAGUAAACAGUGGGAUGCAAACAAGCUCAUUACGAGACAAGUACAUGGGUCGAAUUCAAAUGCUGAAGGAAAAGUCCAAGCAGAAGAGAAAAGAAGGGACGACUGUAGGUCUAAAGGAAGCUUUCGAACCGACAACGUCUGCGGGAUUAUCGACAUGGGUUGUGAACGACGGAGCGAACGAAGUGCUGAGCUACUCGGAUCUUCGUGGUUUGUUCAAGGCUGUUAUUCCACCACGUGACCCAUUGCAGGAUGAAGAGUAUGAGAUUUUUAAAAAAGAGAUGAAAGGACAAUUUGACAUGUUUGUGCCGAAGGAAUAUCCUGAAAAGUUUCCGGAUUCGAAGCCAAUUCUCAAUAUCUGUGAACAGCUUGGGCUUAAAUCAACCGACAUGAUGGUGCUUGCACGGCAUUCACUUACCAUCAAAGCUGCCAAACAAGCAGGAACUCAUGUAUGCCAUUAUAUGCCUGGAAAGAAAGAUAUUCCGAAUCACACGGCACAUUAUCAUUUAACGAACUUGCAUGACUAUCAGUAUUUAAUUGAAGAGUUUAAUGGGAUUUCUUAUCGCGACAAGAUCAAGUUAGGUUCUAUCGAGUUUUAA